AUUUCACUUUCCUCUGGGCAUCAAAGAACAUAGUCUGAUUGUCUUUCAAUAGUCAUCAUCCAAAGAAAUUCACACACUAUUAUGGUUCAAUCCAAAAUGGAACGCGGAGAGGUGCCAAUGUUGAUGAAAUACUACACCAUCACCACUGGCAAUACUAUGGGUUCUCAUAUCCAGUUUAUGAGACAACUUGGAGGAGGCUGUACUGAAGUGAUGUCACCAGAGCAGAGUGAUGUCAUCAUGGCUUUCUGUCCCAUUGUCUCUCGUGCUGGUACUGAUAUUGAGGCAGCACUGCAGCAGAUUCCAGCUGGUAAACCUGUCAUUCUGGUAGUGCUGCAUCACACCUUCAACCCAGACUACACCGUACCUGACAGCAGCAGCCUAGUGACCAGAGGUGAUGUAAUACUCACAGUGGACUGUCUCUUCCAUGAGACCCAGGGAGGACUACUGGAGUGUCAUCACAAUGAAGCAGCAGUCGAAGAUAGUCUGAAGAAGCUUAAUAUACAUCCUGUGACUGAAUCUGGAUCUGCAGUCAGUCGUUGUCGCCAGACACCACCAUUUGUAUUUGUUGUUGGGCUUGUUAUUUUUGUUGUUAUUUUGUGUUUGGCUGUAUUUUUAUUGUUUCUAGCAAGAAACAAUGAGAUUUAUCAAAAUAACCUAAUGGAAAUAGAGCAAGUAGCUCUAAAAAGCAAUAGAGGAAUAAACUGUAGAAAUUACACAGACAACACAGAUAGACUGACUUAAUUAUACAUUAAAAGUAAUGAAUAAAGCCUAAUAAAGCACCUACUCUACCUACCUCUAUCUAUCAGGAUAGUGUAUUAGUUUAAGAUGGCACGAUGCUCAUGUAAUAUUGUAGGCCUACUCUGAUUGUAUAUUCUGUGUUGUCACUUUAUUCUGUUUCGA